AUGUUAAGACAGUCAAAGGUUGUGGCCAAAAGAGUUCAUAAUGGCAAAAUUAAAACUGGCGGACGCGCUUACAAUGGGGGCCAAAUUGACGUAGUCAUUAAUGAUAGGAACAAUGUGAAUACAAGCACCUUCACCGGAGAUAGAGCUGUUGAUGCCGGUGGUGAUUGGGGUUUUAACAGCAACAGUGGAUGGGGCUAUGAUACCGGAGGUGGUGGUAAUGGCUUUGGUGGCGGAGGCGGAGGCGGAUACGACGGCGGAGGCAGUGGUGGCUCUAAUGGGGGAGGGGGAGGGGGAUGUGAUACUGGAGGUGGUGGUGGCGGCGGAGGUUCAACUAGCUAUUGA